AUGCCGACCACGCGCGAGUCGCCGGCCUUGCGCGCCCUGAGCGUCGCGGGCAUCGUCCGCAGCAUCGCGUCGUUCCAAGACGGUAUCCUCGAAGACCUCCGUCCGUUCCUCGGCUUUGACUACAAGGCGUGGGUCAACACACCGUUCGACAAGCGCCUCCAGGUGCAGCUCGAGCCCUUCCAUGCACUCCUUCUGCCGUGGCUCGCCGACCAUUCGAUCGACCGGCUCGCACAGCUCUUUGAAGCCUUGCCCGACGUCGCGCCGCUUGUGACCGAGACCGCCAUCUACUACGGCCACGACGACCUCGUCGCCCACCUCUCAGCGCACUGGCGGCACAAGGCGACGUCGCUCCGGUCCAUGGACUUGGCGGCGUGGCGGGGCACUUUCCGAUCCUAA